AUGAAGAAAUCCGAGUGCUGUCACAUGAAGCCUAACAUUCAUCCUUUCAUGAGUUUCAUCCCCGGCUUGUUCUGUCUUGAAUUUUUUCUUGCGCGAUUUGCGAAACCGCCUCCAGGCGCGACAUACCCUCACCAGCAAUUUACUCCAGUGCCAGUGUAUCAUCAUCAAACCCCUGGUGUCUCAUACAUGAUGAAUCCCUCACAACCACAGCAUACUACAGUCAUCAUCAAUGGAGGAUGUCCUCGUUGCCAGUCCGGAAGCCUGUCCGACAGUUUCACUUGCUGCGGAAUCUUAUUGGCCAUCAUAUUUUUCCCUGUGGGACUCGUUUGCUGCUACGUCAUGAGAGAGAAAAAGUGCGUGAACUGCGGAGCCACUUUCGGCUGAAAAUAUCCUCAACACCUCGCAAGCUUUUCCGCCAUUUCGAUGUUUUAAAAGCAUACUUUUUCCUGAUGCAACGGCGUCCGUGGUUCACGAAAGUAUUUCGAAUAUUCGACAUUUAAAAAUUUGACCAUAAUUCCUUCAACAACGAAAACAGAAAAGGAGUGAAAGGAAGUCACUGGACGAGACACGAACUUUCGCGAUUCUGGAAACGUUCCGAGCUUGACAGUUCUUGUGCCUUAUUAUGUUCGUUCGUUCUUCGAUAAGUCUUGAACUGGUACACUUUUGAUUGACUUGAGCCAGUUGGUUUUUUUACAGUUUUCUUUUGUCGUCGAGGCAAACUCUUUUUUUUUUAAAGAAAUGAACAAUUCAAGGGUAUUUUUUGUAUUAAUGGGAAUAAGACUCAGACCCGCGACAAGGAAGGAGAAAAGUUGACGGCACUUAUAUUUUCGAGUCCUUCAUCACCCUCGACGUCGAAUAAAACUCGAUGAUUUUCAAGCUUG